UUUAUUUCUCAAAAGUAAUGUUUUCCUCCAUUUCCAGUUACACAGUCGAAUGUGGUGAUAACAUCGUGUGUUUUCAAUUUAGAAUAUUUGCAUUCAUAAAAUGCCAAGAAAAUGUUCGACAACUCAUCCUGGCACAAGAAAAUAUGGCACUUAAUCUAAUUACACCAAUUCUACACUUCAAGAGGCUUUAGCCAAAAUUAAAUUAGAAAAAAUGUCGAUUGGUGAAGCUCCUAAAAUUUAUAAAGUACCUAAAGCAACAUUAUUUUAUAAGCUAAAAAGUAAACACUGUAAAUCAGUAGGACGCCCUAUUGCCCUUAGCAUUGAUGAGGAACUUUGUUUUGAAAAUCACUUACUUUAUUUAAGUGACAAAGGUAUACCAAUUGGAAUUAAUGAUUUUAAAAGUAUUGUCAAAAUCUAUCUGGAUGAUAGUGGAAAAAAUAUACAACAGUUUAAAGAUAACCGACCAGGUUGGGAGUGGUGUAAACUUUAUCUUGACAGGCAUCCAUCAUUAAAAGAAAAAGUAUCUCAUUGUAUUUCAAGGAAACGUGCACAGAUUAAUUAUUGUCAAAUAAAAUUAUUUUUUCAAAAUCUAGAGAAGGAAUUAAAUGGAGUAACGCUAGAUAACAUUUACAAUAUGGAUGAAACAGGGUUUCAUGAUGACCCUGGAAAAAAAAACUUCAAGAAUGGCAACUUCUUGCAGUGGCUGGAUGGAAAUUCAAAUAUUUGAAGAGUGACUGUUAAAUCACUUUGUUCCAAAUAUUAUAAAUAAGGUAAAAAAAUUCUGAUUUGUGAUAAUUUAAGUGCUCAUAUAUCUUUAAAAGCCUUAAAUAAAUGUGAAAAGCAUAAUAUAACAUUUAUAUGUUUGUUACCCAAUUCCACGCACCUUUUACAACCUUUAGAUGUUGGAUAUUUCUCGAGUUUAAAAGCUAAUUUUAGGUCAGUUCUUAAUCAAUGGCGUAAAACAUCCAGAGGAAAAAAGGUUAAUAACCUGCCAAAAAAUUUGUUUACGCAACUCAUUUAAUCUUCUCUUAAUGUUGGUAACCAGACAAGCUCUCUCCAAAUUACCCAGUUUUACAAAUAUAGAUAUUCAACUCAAUAUUGGAGAAUCGUUUAGGAAUUAUGUUGAUGAUAUUCAUCUUAAUUAUGAAGUUAGCAAAAAAUGUAAGUUACCAAUAACAGCAGGGAAAAGUGUAUCAGCCACUGAGGUAGAAGCAUACUAUAAGGAAAGAGACAAUAAAAAAAAAGUCAAGAUAAUAUUCGAGCAAAGAAAAGAGGAAGACCACUUGG